ACUCAGCCUUCGCUUGGCUCCGCUGCUCUGUGUCCCCCACGCCUCGCUCUGCCCUGCCCUGCCCUCCCCUGCCCUCUCCUGCCCUGCUCUCCUCCCCUCCCCUCCCCUCCCCUGGAGGUCUCUCCGAGCGGCGCCGUUGCCGCUGUGUCGCCUCCCGGGCUGCUGCUCCCGGCUCAUCCCGGGACGGCGCUCAGCCCUGUGGGCAGAGACGGAGCCGUCGGUGCCGCUUCCAGGAGAACGGCCGCCUCUUCCCAGCAGAGCAGGCUCCAGUUCAACUUGUGCCUUCCAGGCGUGAUCAUCCCAGGCUGCAGGAGAGCAGCAAAUGGCCACGGCACAUCCGUGUCAGGAGCCCGUGAGCUUUGCGGAGGUGGCCGUGUAUUUCAGCAGGGAGGAGUGGGCGCUGCUGGACCCUGCGCAGCGAGCGCUCUACCGGGACGUGAUGCUGGAGACGUACCAGUGCGUGGCCUGGCUGGCUCCUCUUCCAGCCCCCAAACCCGGGCUGAUCUCCCUGCUAGAAGGAGGGGAAGACCCCUGGAUCCCAGGUGUGCGUAGCCCUGAGGCCGUGCCAGGAGACCUGAGCCCAGGAACUGGGAUUACAGAUAUACUGGAGGAUGUGCAGGAAAGUGGUGUGGCCGAAAGGCGGUGGGGUAGUGCCUGUGUGGGAGAAAUCAGAAGGGAUGUCCCAGGAGGCCUGGAGCAAGGUCAGGGUGAGCACAUCAAGAAGGCACUGGGAGAGCAUCUGGAAGAGAAAGGAAGGAGCCCACUGGACUUCAACAUAGGUGAAAAGCAGGACGUAGAGCCCAGGAGCAAGGAUGUGUGUCAGAUGAAAAAGCAGAAUCCAUGCACUGAGUGUGGGAAAAGCUUGGAAAUAGAUUCCAGCAUCAUUAACCACCAGUGCAUGUACGCAACGCAGAGCCUGUACAAGUGCUGUGAGUGUGGGAAGGGCUUCAACAGCAGUUGCAACCUUACUUGCCACCAACGCAUCCACACAGAGGAGAGACCCUUUCAGUGCUCUGAGUGUGGGAAGUGCUUCAAACGCCGUUCUGACUUGAAGCGGCACCUGCGCAUGCACAGACAGGAGAGACCCUUUCAGUGUUCCGCGUGUGGGAAGAGCUUCAAAAGAAGAUGCGAGUUAAAGCUGCACCAGCGCAUCCACACAGGGGAGAGGCCCUGCAAGUGCUCUGAGUGUGGGAAGAGCUUCAGCAGAAGUUCCCACCUCACCUACCACCAACGCAUCCACACUGGAGAGAGACCCUUUCAGUGUCCUGAGUGUGGGAAGAGCUUCAACAGCAGUUCCCAUCUCACCUGCCACCAACGUAUCCACAAAGGAGAGAAACCCUUUCAGUGCUCUGAGUGUGGGAAGGGCUUCAAAACGAAGUUUGAAUUGAAGCUGCACCAGCGCAUCCACACAGGGGAGAGACCAUACAAGUGCUCUGAGUGUGGGAAGGGCUUCAAAAGCAAUUCUAACCUCACCUGCCACCAUCGCAUCCACACAGGAGAGAGACCCUUUCAGUGUCCUGAGUGUGGGAAGAGCUUCAAACGCAGUUCUGAAUUGAAGCAGCACCAUCGCAUCCACACAGGACAGAGACCCUUUCAGUGUCUGGAGUGUGCAAAGAGCUUUAAACGCAGAUCUCAUCUCAACACUCACAAGCGCACCCACAGAGCACAACGGCUGUAGAAGCUCCCCAAGACUCUGGGAACCUUCAAAAGCAGUUCCAGCCUCAUUAGCGACCAGCACUGCCACAGAAGGUACAGAUCCUGCAGAACCUCAAACUUGUGAAGAGCUUCAGCCAAAGCCCCACCCUGGUUACGACCUGUGGCUUUGUGUUUUGAACCUUACAAAUCCCUUGAGUAGAGGAAGAGCUCUGCAGCCAAAAUCCUUCUUCUUCUCUGCUGCUCUUCUUUCUCCUCUUUGGAUGCGAAUUCUGCAUGUUGCUCUCUGUCAGCUGCAGUCAAGGUGUUGAGCGGACACUCAAAGGAGAGUCCAGAGUGGGAUGUGUCACAGCAACUGGAAACCCUCUGCCAGGUGGCACGUUUCUGCCAGGGCAGUGUGCAAGGACAGUCACCUCUUAUCUCCCCUGUAGAAACUCACCUGCAUAGGUGGGAUUGGAAUACCUAGGAUGACACAGAUGGGGAACCAAAUGGUUCGAAUCUACCCGCUAAUUGUGUCCACACAGUCAGCCCAAUCUCCAUGGCUCUCCUUGCUCGAGGUGUUGAGGAGCUGUAAGGCAUGCCUGACUGCCAAAGGGCAGAUCUGUGCUGAGGAGCUUUGCAGUCUCCCACAGCUGUUGUGGGAUGGCUGAAGGACGUGGCAAAAGAGACUGGAGUGAGUUGUGAAAAAGGGAAGGCUAUUGCCUGGGUGGUGGGAGUGUGGGAAUUGAAUGUUGUUCCCCAAUCAGAACAAGAUAAGAAUUCUGUUAAUUUCAUGGCCUCUGCUACCAUUUGGGUCCUUUAUUACAAUUAAUACCUCUUUUCAGGGGUCUUUCUACUUUAGCAGGGUUCUCAGGUACUUUGCAUUGCUCGUCCUCUAGAUAAACCUUCCCCAGAAACGCAUACUCAGUAUAUAAGUAAAAUAGUAUAUACAUACAUAUAGAUAUAGAUAUAUCCAUCGAGAUUAGGUAGAUGGAGUAAGUUACAAGCACAAAGACUGAAGCUCCUGUCUGUCCAGCCAUGUGAAACACUUCUGGGCCUUCAGUUAAAGGCCAGUUAGACGUAAUAGAUAUCUUUGCAAAUCACAAACCCCUUGAUGUUGGAAAACUGCUAGCUUUUGGUGCUGGAUAGACAGGGCCUGAGCAACAGAGAAUUAAAGGAGGAGAAGUUAAACAAUUAACAGCAUACAUAUAUAUGCUAGUAACAACUUAUGUAUAGACUGCAUGAAAAAAAAAUAUAUGUCACACACAUUGCAAGAACGUCCUGCACAAAUUAAAAGGACAACUCCUUAGGGAGUGCCUGAAGAACAUAUUGAGGAACAUCUGGCACCUCCCUCCAUACUCUUUGUCUAACAAAGACUCUGAAGAAAAUCACCACAUCAGUACGAAUGAGAAGGGUACUGAGACAUGUUAGAGACAAAAGGACUGCUACUGACUGACACCACAUGACACACGAAUUAACAAGUGAUUAACAAAUGUAAACCUUUUGAUAAGAUUGUGAACCUGGAGCACCCAGCCAGUGGGGAAACAGGGGAGG